AUGGACUUCGUGGCAUCCCCUACGUCCACGUCGGCGGAGGAAGAAUUGCGCUUUGCUGCCGCCGUAAAGCCAGGUCAACCCCGCGGACUUCUGCAAUCACAUGGAAUUACCCUCGACGAAAGCCCAGCCCACCCCUCCACCAACUCCCAGAAGCCGCCUGUGAUCAAACAUUUGUCGAGUCCUGAGUAUAGCAGUCCUCUCCGCCAUCAUCGUCGGACACCCUCUGCUCCCAAGCAUGUCAAGGAAUCGUUGAAUGCUCGGUCCGAGUACGUCACGAGUCAGGACGACGGCGUUGCUGAACAUCGCAUCAACCAAUACAUUAUCAAGCAAGAGAUCGGACGUGGCUCUUUCGGAGCUGUCCAUCUAGCAGUCGACCAAUAUGGCAAGGAAUAUGCAGUUAAAGAGUUCUCCAAGGCUCGGCUUCGCAAACGCGCUCAAUCCCAUAUACUCCGGAGACCGUUCCAGCAGCGUCGCCGGGGUGCUUUACAAGGCUUUAACUCACCCUUGCACAGAAAUGUGGGACAAGAGGGAGGAGUACCGGAGAGCGCAAUAGACCUGAUCAAAGAGGAGAUCGCCAUCAUGAAGAAGUUGAACCACCCUAACUUGGUAUCGCUUAUCGAAGUCUUGGAUGAUCCCACAGAAGAUUCGCUUUACAUGGUCAUGGAGAUGUGCAAGAAGGGGGUCGUUAUGAAGGUCGGGCUGGAUGAAAGAGCAGAUCCCUAUCCGGACCAUGUUUGUCGUUAUUGGUUUCGUGAUCUGAUCCUGGGUAUUGAAUACCUGCACGCUCAAGGAGUGGUGCAUCGUGAUAUCAAACCCGACAACUGCCUUAUCACCGAAGAUGACGUGCUGAAAGUCGUAGACUUUGGAGUCUCGGAGAUGUUUGAGAAGGAUUCGGAGAUGCUCACGGCCAAAUCGGCGGGGAGUCCUGCAUUUCUGCCACCAGAGCUGUGCAUUGCUCGACAUGGAGAUGUUUCAGGCCGAGCGGCGGACAUCUGGUCUAUGGGGGUCACAUUAUACUGUCUCAAGUAUGGCAGGAUUCCCUUCGAAAAAGGAGGCAUCUUUGAGCUAUACGAAGCAAUUAAAAACGACGAGCCCGACCUAGGGGAGGAGCAAGAUCCAGACUUCCGCGACUUGAUGGGAAAGAUUUUGGAAAAAGACCCCGAGAAACGGAUCAAAAUGCGCGAACUGAGGGCACACCCUUGGGUUACCAGACAGGGCAGGGAUAAGUUACUUCCUGAAGAAGAGAACACCGCGGACCUUAUCGAACCGCCCACGGAGGCAGAAAUGAACGAAGCCAUCACUAGUAACAUGACCAACAUUCUAACUGUCAUGAAAGCCGUCCGGAAGUUUAAGGCGCUGUUGGACAAGAACAAGCCCCCUGUUUUGAGAUCCAUCCUAGGGGACCAAGUGGAUGGCCAUUUCUCCCAGCCACCGGCCACGAUCAACAGCGCAGCAUCCAAGACUAUUCCUCACAAAUCUCACAGUUUCCAUGAGUUUGAUGGAGCGCACAUGGACAACUUACCGGAAAGAGAAGAGCUUGAGCAGGGUAUGAGCCAUCUCCACAUGCGACCAGUGCCCACACUAAGCAUAGAUGAUACUACCAUUGCCGAAGCUGAACCGCAGGAAUCAGAUGCUGGGAGUCGUCCUACGGCGUUGGCAAGCGAGUCAAGCACAGACACAGAUGAAGGAUUGACCAAAGUCCAAACCUUGGGCGACAUUGAUGAGCUGGAUUUACAGAAAUUACCACCGUUCCGGUCGUUGAAGGUCCACGCGAAUACUACAGACGAUAUAGGACAUCGGGGACAUGCACAUGACCCGCUGGAGGACCAUUUGUACCUCCGUAUCGGACCAUCGACGUUUUCUGGAAGCAGUCCGCAGGCCGACGAUGAUGGCGGCUACCUGCCGGACGACGAGGGAUACGUUGUUAGCGAAAGCCCUGGCGCGGCCGACGUGGAUAUAUAUGAGACCGCCUACCGCGAUGAGAUCGAGCGCAUCAUGGCACGAGCAAAGGAGCAGAACAAAGAGCCCAACGUUUACCUAACCCGCCGCGUCGACGAGAAGCUGAUGGCUAUUAGCGGUCUGGCAGGCAAAUGGGCCGCCAUGGGGGAAGAAGCAAAAGCUCAGAUUAAGGACUACACUCAAUUUUCGACCAGGAAAGCCCGAGUGACUGAAGUUAGUCGUGCGCUUCGACAAGCAGCGCGGGCGGAAUACGAACGAAGAAAACAAGAACGGCGGGAGCAGAUCGCAGUAGAAAAGGCUCACCGCGCGAAACACAAGGCAGAGCCAGCAGGCACCUCCAAACCAGCCGUAUCAGAUUCUCCUCUUUCGACCGGCGCAGCAGUAGAAGAGACAGCUCCAAGCAGCCCGCAGUCUGCCAGGCAAGCGGGACUCUGGAAAGGUAAGGCUGCGGAUAAGGGACGGCAGGCCAGAACUUCAAUUCUAGGUCUGAUGGACGCGGUUAAGAACAAGCGUCGAACCCGGUCUAAGGAAGAAGAAAGUUGA